AGGGAGAGACUCGAGGUUGGACCAUCGGUGUGCGGCGUCGGCUGUUUCCCCAACACGCAUCUAAUGCAAUCUUUCAUUUGGAAAAACUGUUGGAAUAAAGAACGCUGCUGAAUUUUGCAUGCCAGGAAAAGAGGAUCCCGUCGCCGGUCAACGGCUGUUUUUCAUUUUUUUCUCCUUAUUUUUCACUCAUGAUAACACUAAUUGAUAGGAGGCAUGUGGAACAGUAAUAGGAUUACCAAUUGCUUUUCAAUAGUGUGUCUGCUGUUGACGUCAUGGACAAAGGUGUCCCGGUCCUCCGGCUAUUUUGAGCUGCAGCUGAUUACUGUACUGAAUGUAAACGGCGAGUUGUCGGACGGGGAGUGCUGCGAUGGCAGCAGAAACGCACUGGAUCUCCGCUGUACCCGGGACGAGUGCGACACUUACUUUAAAGCCUGUUUGAAGGAGUACCAAACCGAGGUCACGACCACGGGCGCGUGCACCUACGGAUCUGGAUCUACUGACGUCCUUGGUGGAAAUACUUUUUCUUUAAAGAAUACCAAAGACCAAUCCAAUAAAAUCAGCGAUGCUGGCAAGAUUGUGAUUCCUUUCCAGUUCGCUUGGCCGCGGAUGUACACCCUCCUGCUGGAGGCCUGGGACUGGGACAACCACACACGCAGAGGCGAGGAUCUGCUAAUUGAUAGGAGCAUCCACACGGGGAUGAUCAACCCAGGGGACCACUGGCAGUCCAUCCAGCACAACGGCCCCACUGCCAGCUUCCACUACAGGAUCCGUGUCACUUGCGAUGAGAAUUACUAUGGCAACAAGUGCAACAAGCAGUGCCGCCCGCGUGAUGACUACUUCGGCCACUAUGUGUGCGACCAGCUCGGGAACAGGGGCUGCAUGGAGGGCUGGAUGGGUCCAGACUGCAAGACAGCAAUCUGCAGGCAAGGCUGCAACCCACUGCAUGGACGCUGUGAUGUACCAGGGGAAUGCAGGUGCAGCUACGGCUGGCAGGGCCAGUUCUGUGACGAGUGCCUCCCCCACCCGGGCUGUGUUCACGGGACCUGUGUCAAGCCCUGGCAGUGCAACUGUGAGAAGAACUGGGGCGGCCUGCUGUGCGACAAAGAUCUGAACUACUGCGGGACGCACCGUCCCUGUGUCAAUGGAGGGACCUGCAUGAACACGGAGCCGGAUGAGUACCGCUGUGCCUGCCCCGAGGGGUAUGCGGGAAUGAACUGUGAGAUUGCCGAGCAUGCCUGUGUGUCCCAGCCUUGUGCCAAUGGGGGCACCUGCCACGAAGUGCUGUCCGGGUUCGAUUGCCACUGCCCUGCAGGGUGGGGCGGGCCCACAUGUGCUGAGGACUUGGAUGACUGUGCCUCCAGUCCUUGCGCCCAGGGCGGGAUCUGCAUCGACAGAGAGAACGGCUUUGAGUGCCUUUGCCCCCCACAGUGGGCGGGGAAGACCUGCCAAUUAGAUGCUAAUGAGUGCGUGGGGAAGCCCUGCCUAAAUGCUUACUCUUGCAAAAACCUGAUUGGUGGAUAUCACUGUGACUGCUUUCAUGGAUGGGCGGGACAGAACUGUGACAUCAAUGUGAACAGCUGCCGCGGACAGUGCCGGAAUGGGGCCACAUGUAAGGAGGGACCCAGAGGGUACCGCUGCCUGUGCCCGCCGGGGAUUGUGGGUAAACACUGCGAGAUCCAGCGAAACAAGUGCACCAGCUCCCCCUGCUGGAACGGCGGCCGGUGCCACGAGGUGCUGGACGGCUUUGUGUGCGAGUGCCAGCCAGGGUUCUCUGGUCCCACCUGCCAGGUGAGGAGACGCCCGAACCCCUGCGACCCCAGCCCUUGCCAGAACGGGGCGUCCUGCCACAGCCUGACCGGGGACUACUACUGCGCGUGUCCAGAGGGCUAUGAGGGCAAGAACUGCUCUGAGCUGAAGGACCACUGCAAGACCACCCCGUGCGAAGUGAUUGACAGCUGCACAAUCGCCAUGGCAGCCAACAUGUCCGGUGAGGCUGUCCGGUACGUGUCGUCCAUCGUGUGCGGCCCCCACGGGCACUGCGUCAGCCAGCCUUCUGGCAACUUCACAUGUGUCUGUGAGCCGGGCUUCACCGGGGCCUUCUGCCACGAGAACAUUAAUGACUGUGUGGCUCACCCCUGCCGAAACGGGGGCACCUGCAUCGACGGAGUCAACUCCUUCCAGUGCUUUUGCCCUGAUGGCUGGGAGGGCCACCUCUGUGAGCUUGAGGUGAACGAGUGCAGCCGAGACACCUGCAAGAACGGCGGCCACUGCGUGGACCUGGUCAACGACUUCUACUGCGAGUGUGCCGAUGGCUGGAAGGGGAAAACCUGCCAUUCGCGGGAAUACCAGUGCGAUGCCAGCUCUUGCCGAAAUGGGGGGACCUGCUAUGACCAUGGUGAUGCCUUCCACUGCGCCUGUCCACCAGGGUGGGGGGGCAGCACCUGCAGCACAGCCAAGAACAGCACAUGUGCGUCGAGCCCCUGCGAGAAUGGGGGCACAUGCGUGGGUGGGGGUGAUGCCUUCACCUGCAUCUGCAAGGAUGGCUGGGAGGGGCCCACCUGCGGGCAGAACACCAAUGACUGCAGCCCUCACCCCUGUUACAACGGCGGGGUGUGCGUGGAUGGGGUUAACUGGUUCCGCUGCGAGUGUGCCCCCGGCUUCGCCGGCCCCGACUGCCGCAUCAACAUCGAUGAGUGCCAGUCCUCCCCGUGCGCGUACGGCGCCACCUGCAUGGACCAGAUCAACGGCUUCCACUGCAUCUGCCCGCUGGGCCUGACCGGGCCUCGUUGCCAGGAGUUCAUAGGCAUUGGGAAGGCGUGUCGCUACGCUGGGCUGCAGUUUCCACAUGGCACACGGUGGGAGGAGGACUGCAAUGCCUGUCAGUGUAUCAACGGCAAAGUGGGCUGUACCAAGGUGUUGUGCGGGCGUCGACCAUGUCUCCUGCAGGGGGUGCCGGGCGGUGAGCUCCACUCCUGCCCAGUGGGGCGGGAGUGCCUUGAGCACCCCUUCCUGACCUGUUUCUCGACCCCCUGUCACCGGUGGGGGGUCUGCUCCUCGCCUGAGCCUGUGGUCCCCGUUAACACCAGGUGUGAGCCCAACACGGGCUACCUGGAUGGCCACUGCGCUCGGAUCACGCUCAUCUUCAGUAGGGACAAAGUGCCACCGGGCACCAUGGUGGAGAAUAUCUGCAUGGAGCUACGUUACCUGCCUGCCACUCGAACCCUGGCCCAAGACCGCACCCUGCUCCUGCUGUGUGACCUCUCCUACUCCCACCCCGAUGCCGUAGAGGUGGCCAUUUCCUUCCCGCAGGAUGAGGUGGACCCUGGCCGGAUCCAGGAGGCAGCGGGUGCCAUUGUCAGUGCGCUGUCCCAGCGGCGCAACAGUACCAUCAUGAUGGCUGUCAUUGAGGUCAAGGUGGAGACGCACGCUGUGCCCCCAUCACUGGACCCCCUGGUUCCAGUCCUUUGCGCAGUGUUCAGCACACUGUGGAUCCUCUGCCUCGCUGUCUGCCUCUGGUGGACACGCAAGAGACGGAAGGCUCGCGAGCGGGGCCACACCCCAGCCGAGGAGAGUGUCAACAACCAGUGGGAGGCACUGCGGCCCGCAGGCCAGCAGCACAAGGACAACCGGGACAUUCAGUAUGAAUGCAGGAAGCUCAUGCCCUCCCCUGACAGGACUCACGAUGGGGGGGAGGACGAGGAGGAGGAGGAAGAGGAGGAGGAGGAGCCAGUGGGAAUCCGGAUGGAGGUGGCCAAGUGCCCUUCCCGCAAGUGCCUCCCCAACACAGUGAUGCCGGCGAAGGCAGCGGCCAUCGGCAAACUGCCCCACCGGACACCCCACAGCCCAAAGGACAACCGCUGCAAAAACGUCAAUGUGGCCAGUGCCUGUGAAGGUGUCAAAGAGCUCUGCGUGUGAGCAAAAGGACAACCACAAAAUCCCCAAAUGAUUAACUUUUCUCUUGCGCUAUUUCCAAAAGAAAAAACGAAACUUUUGUUCAUAAAAGCAGCCUCAUUACUUGGGCACUCUGUGUCGACACAUGGGAGGAGGUUUUUUGUUUUCAUAUAAUUCAUAUAAUUUUUUUAUGCGCCGGCUAAAAGGAGCUGCUUUUUUUGCCAGAGGUGAUGAGAGGCCUAAAAUUUGCAGCAUGGUGUUGGGGAAAAAAAGAACAAAAACAGAGGCAAAAAAAGAGGGGACAUUUUUGUUUACAGGUGAUGAUUGUUUUUUGUUUUUUAAGGGGGCCUCCUACCCUCCAGCCUGGGUGGGAGGUGGCAGUGGGGGCAGUGUCGGGGGGGGCGGGUUUCCGACCACCGGCCUUCAAGGACGCAUUGACAAAAGCUGUUCCCCCUUGCCGAAUGCGCCAUGCCACUGCCUGUCUCGUGCCCACCUGUACUCAGCAGGACCCCUGCCUCCAAAGUGGCCUUUUGACAUUGAGUUGCUGGAUGUUCACGAGGACUGCAGUAUUUAUGUUGGUUGCAAGUGCCUUCAGACCUGUUUUCCUAUAACGAGCACUCACACAAAGGGAAAAGCAUCUCUCUUACGUAUCUUCAUGUUGCUGUAAAGGUAUUUGAUCAAAAAGAAAAGCAAACAAAAAACUAAAUUUUUGUGUAUAUGUAUAUAAGAAAG